CAACCUCGACAAUAAUCUUAAUCCUCACGACUCAAUCGCAGCCACGACACACCGUCAACAUGCCGCCAACACAAUCAAACACCACCCUCUUCCUGCAAACCUUCGCUCUCACCUCCACCCUCUCCCUCGCAACAGCAAUGGGCACAACCUCCCUCCUCUACAUCCCCUCCCUCCUCCGCCCUCUCACCACCCAACAAACCUCCACCUCACCGUCGGAUGCCUCCUCACAACCCAUCUCCCGCCGCUCCUCCGCCCUCGACAUCCCCGCCCUGCACACCCCCUCCGCCGACGGCCGCCUAACACCCCAACCCACCACUCCCAACGGCCAUCCCCAAACCUACUUCGGAGGCAACGGAAAAGGCGGAGAAGACAAAUACCAAGCCGUGGCGCAACAGUUCGCCCUCUUCGACACGCUCGCUUUCCGCUUACAAGUGCCUCUCGAGGUGCUCUCCAUCGCGGCAUACAGUACGAUCGCGAUCCGCGCUCAUCGUGCGGGGUUGGGGGUUUGGACGUCGUAUGCUGCUGCGGCGGGACUCUUGGUGGGAGUGUUUCCGUUUACGGGGUUGUUGAUGGCGCCGUUGAGUUUGAAGGUCAGGAGAUUGGGUGGGGAUGAGGAGAAGGUGGAGCCGUAUGAGGAUGCGCCGCUGGAUCGGGAGGCGGAGAGAGGGAAUACUGUUGGGUUUCUGAAAGACUGGGCGAAGUGGAAUGUCGUGAGGAUGGGAGGGGUGGUUUUGGCGGGGGUUGUGGGUGCGAGGGCGGUUGUUGUGGGGUGA